AUGAAUUCUGUUUUACAAUCACUAUUAUUUACUUCAUCAUUAACAAAUUAUUUUUUGUUGAAUGAAAAUACUGAAGAUAGUACGAUGAAGAAUAUCUCAGUUUCAAAAGAAAUAGUAGCUAGUGAAUAUUUGAAUUUAUUAUAUUUAUUAUAUUGUGGUGAAUAUAAUAUUGUUACGCCAGGACCAUUUAAACAAGGCACCUAUCUAUCGACAACAACAUGUCAGGUUUGUUCGUAUGCUUCACAUAAUUAUGAGCCAUUUAUUUGUCUUACUCUUCCAAUUCCAUCAACAAAUCAAUGUACAUUAGAAGAUUGUUUUAAACAUUUCAAUCAAGAUGAAUAUUUAAUUAAUGAUUCAAGAUGGUUUUGUCCUCGAUGUCAACGUCUUUGUAAUGGAAGAAAACGUUUAGAAAUUUAUAAAUUACCAAAAAUAUUAAUCAUUCAACUUAAACGGUAA